AUGAAACCUUAUUCUGACGGAGAAAUUAUUAAAACUGCUAUUUCCAUUUUUUGUGAUGAAUGUUGUCCGUCAAAUAUACAAAAAAUUGCAAAACGAUUACCAUUAAGUAAUGAUACUAUUACAAGAAGAAUAGAAUGUAUUUUUGAGGACCUUGCCCGUCAGCUAAUCAAGUUCUUUACUAUUAAAAAUAAUUUUUAUAGAACAUCGAAAGAUUUUUUAUAUCAUUCUUUUGCUGUCGACACGAGUAAAGAUAUCUCUGAUACCGAACAAAUGGUCGUAUGCAUUAGAGGUGUCACUUCGGAUUUUAAAAUUUCUGAAGAAUUUUUUUCUCUUCGUUCAUUAAAAGGCACUACAAAAGGAAUGGAUGUACUUAACGAAUUCCUUGAAAGUAUUAAAGAAUUUGACAUUGAUCCUUCCAAAAUAAUUUCCAUAUGUACUGAUGGGGGGGCGAAUAUGAUUGGUCGUAAUAAAGGGUUUCAUGGACUUUAUUCAGAAUGGAGACUUGAAAAAAAUCUUGAUCCUAUAUUUUGGCAACAUUGUAUCAUUCAUCAGGAGAAUAUAAUCGCAAAGUCACUUAAAAUGCAAAAUGUAAUAAGUACGGUGUUGUCCAUUGUGAAUUGGAUACGCGGUAAAUCUCUCAAUCACAGGAGAUUUAAAAAAAUGUUAGUGGAAAUUGACACAGUGCAUAAUGAUGUGCUUUACCAUACCACUGUUCGAUGGUUGAGUCGUGCCGCGUGCCUCAAAAGGUAUAUUUGCUUGAAUAGAAGUUAG